AUGGGGGCGGGACUCCAUCCAUCCCCAUCACCAGGAAGAAGCGCAUUACACGCACCUCCAUUCCUUUUGGCUUCUCAGUCUUCUCUCUCCCUCCCUCUUCCUUUUGCGCCGCACAGGCACGCAGCACUGGUGCCCUUUGACUUCUUGCGCCGCACAGGCACGCAGCACUGGUGCCCGUGGGGUCAGGACGCCAUCCCCAUCACUAGGAAGAACAUCGCUCAGCGCGCACAGCUGCUGGUGGACCAGGACGCCAUGCCCAUCACCAGGAGCAACAUUGCUCAGCGCGCACAGCUGCUGGUGGACCAGUGGCGCAAGAAGUCUCUGCUCUUCCGCACCAACGUGCUGCUGGUGCCUCUGGGAGACGACUUCCGCUAUUCCUCCAUGCACGAGGCACAUGCUCAUGGCGCAAGAUCUCUGCUCUUCCGCACCAACGUGCUGCUGGUGCCUCUGGGAGACGACUUCCGCUAUUCCUCCAUGCACGAGGCCCACGCCCAGUUCCAAAACUACGAGCUGCUCUUCGCCUUCAUCAACUCCAGAAAGUCGCUCCGAGUCAACGCCAGCUUCGGCACGCUCGACGAGUAUUUCACCGCCAUGCGCGCCGCCUCGGCCCGCCAGAGGGCUUCCCACCAGAGGGACUCCCAGCACAGAGCAAACCGGCUCCGGGCUCAGCUGAACACAGAGUUGAAUGUGAACAGCACUGAGGCGACGCAAGAACCGUCGUUCAACCCAGACUCAUCAGAUCUGAGCUCACUAGUAGACAGCCAGAAAAACGAGCACCAGGACGAGAUCCAGCGCCGCCGGCUCUUAGCUAACAGAGAUCCCUACCUAAAAUUAGCCGCUUCCACCGGCGCUUACCUAAAAGUGGGAACUUCAGCACCCGGUCCUGCCAGCACCACCACCGGGCAGCUGCGCCCUCUUCUCCCGUCUCUGUCCGGGGAUUUCUUCACGUAUGCGGAUCGCGACCACGACUACUGGAGCGGCUAUUUCUCCUCGCGCCCCUUCUGGAAGGCUGUUGACCGAGCACUGGAGGCGAACAUGCGGGCCGCUGACAUGCUGUACGCGCUGUGCUGGGCGGACUGGAUGGGGGGGAGUGGACGCGCAGCAGCCGGGGUCGACAGCAGUACAGACCUCAGCAACCUCCCCUUCCCCCUCAGCUUUGCAGAGCGGUUGGUGCUAGCACGGCGCAACCUGGCGCUGUUUCAGCACCACGACGGCAUCACAGGGACAGCGAAGCACCACGUGGUGAAGGACUAUAGCGUGCGCAUGCACCAGGCGCUGACCGACCUCAGUGACUUCUUGUGUGCUGCUGUCGCUGCCCUUCUGCUCAGAUCACCCAACCCUUCCGUGCCAACCAUCACCGCUCUGAACUCCUCCGUAUCCCAGCAGCCCCCUCCCCUUGAGGCAGAGCGGUGGCGGUCGGUGCAUGACGGUCCUUGGGAGCGGAGAGUGGUGGGGAGCGGUGUAGAGGGGGAAGAAGGGGUGGGAGCAAGGAGAGUGGUGGUGUUCAAUCCCUUGGAAGAGGAAAGGAGGGUGGUGAGUGAGGGGAGGAGGGAGGUGAGUGAGGGGAGGAGGGAGGUGAGUGAGGGGAGGAGGGAGAUUAUUUCCGUCCUCGUCAAAUCUCCAGCCGUUGCCGUCAUCGGGCAGCACGGAAAAUGUCUCCCCGGGCAGCUGCUGCCCGAAUGGUCCAGAGGCAACAUGAGCCUAACCCCGUCCUCCGGCCGGCACCGUCUUUUCUGGGAAGCUUCCGUGCCGCCCCUAGGCCUUUCCACCUAUUUCAUAGCACCCCACGCAGCUGUUCCUACCUGCCCUGCGCCUGUGCUGUCGUCUAUUGUGGUGUUUAAUCCUCCACGGGGGUUUGUGUGUCCGGAGCCAUACGUGUGUGAAAUGGUGGGGGGAGGGGAGGAGGGGCGCCGUGGAGGAGAGGGGGACGAUGAUGCUGCCGGUGGCGCUGCUGCUGGUGAUGGUGAUUAUGCUGCUGCUGCUGGCAAUGGUGACAUGUUCUCCAUUUCGAACGGCCACUACCGAGUGGAGCUGGGGCGCAUGGAUGGGCUAAUCAAAGGCAUACAGCUCCCCUCCAUGCGAGCCCCUCUGCCAGUCAGCGAGCAAUUCGCGCUCUAUGCCAGCUCAGGGGGAGCCCGUCUCAUCCUUGCUUCACCCACCCUCUCCAUCUCCCCUCUUCCCAUCCCCUUCCGCCCUCAGGGGGAGCCUGUCUCAUCCUUGCUUCACCCACCCUCUCCAUCUCCCCUCUUCCCAUCCCCUUCCGCCGUCUCUCUCGCUCUCCCCCCCCAGCUCCCCUCCAUGCGAGCCCCUCUGCCUGUCAGCGAGCAAUUCGCGCUUUAUGCCAGCUCAGGGGGGGCGUAUCUGUUUCUGCCACAUGGCACUGCCGUUCCUAUAGUGAAGGAGCAGCAGGGCGGAAGUGGGGGAGGAAGGCAGGGAGGAAGGCAGGGAGGAAUGGAAAAGGAAAGGCACGGGGAGAGGAGCGGGAGUGGGUAUGGGGAAGACAGGGAGGAGGAGAGUGUGGGGAGGGGAUAUGGGAGAGUUAGGGGGGAGAGAAAGGGGAAGGGUAAUGGAAAGAUUGAAGGGGAGAGAGGGGGGAGUGGUGUGCAUGGGAUGGUGAAGGGGGGGGAGGGGGGCUCGACCUCACUGGUGUGUAGAGGGCCAUUAGUGGAGGAGGUGCAUACACGGUUCAGAUUCACCCAUCCGAAUGAUUGUACGGCUGAGGUGCAAGCUGAGGAUGUUGACCCUUGGGCGGAGGGGGAGGGGGAAGGGGAGGGGAAGGGGCAGGGGGAGGGGAAAGGGGAGGGGGAUGGGAAAGGGGGAGGGGGCUGGGCUGUUAAUGUGGUAGAGGGAGGUUUCUCUGCUACAGCGCGUAAGCUGCUGGUUGAUGGUAAAGAGGCAGUUAAUAGCGAGGAUGAAAGUGACGUUUCUGGGAGCGAGAAUGAGGAGGCUAACCACGGGACGAGUGAGGGAGCGAGUGAUGGAGCGAGUGAGGGAGCGAGUGAGGGAGUGAGUGAGGAGGAGCUAGACGUAUUGCAUCCGCGGCAUUUUGAGGGGAGGGAAACAGCGGGAGGGUUGGUGUUUCUGACUGGGGAGCAGCAGCGUGUGUUUGGUAAGCUGCUUGAGCACUCGCAGCUGGAGGAGGAGCAGGGGGGGGAGGAGAUUCAGAGAGCGAGCAACAGAGAGAGUGAGGGAGCGAGUGAGGGAGCGAGUGAGGGAGGGAUCGAGGGAGUGAGUGAGAGGACGAGUGAGGGAGGGAGUGAGGGAGUGCAUCAGGGAGCGAGUGGGGGAGUGAGUGAGGGAACGAGUGAGGAAGCGAGCGAGGGAACGAGGGAGAGAGCGAGGAUUGAGGGAGCCAGUGAGGGAGUGAGUGAGGAGGAGCUAGACGUAUUGCAUCCGCGGCAUUUCGAGGGGAAGGAAGCGGCGGGAGGGUUGGUGUUUCUGACUGGGGAGCAGCAGCGAGUGUUUGGUAAGCUGCUUGAGCACUCACAGAGGGAGGAACAGGGGGAGGAGGAGACUCAGAGAGCAAGCGACGGAGAGAGUGAGGGAGGGAGUCAGGGAGGGGGUGAGAGAGUGAGCGCGGGAGGGAGCGAGGGAGGGAAUGAGGGGGCGAGUGAGGGAGCGAGUGAAGGAGCGAGUGAGGGAGCGAGUGAGGGAGCGAGUGAGGGAGCGAGUGAGGAAGCGAGUGAGGGAGCGAGUAAGGGAGUGAGUGAGGAGGAGUUAGACGUAUUGCAUCCGCGGCAUUUUGAGGGAAGGGAAACAGCGGGAGGGUUGGUGUUUCUGACUGGAGAGCAGCAGCGUGUGUUUGGGAAGCUGCUUGAGCAGUCACAGCGGGAGGGUCAGGGGGAGGAGGAGAUUACGACUCGACACGCACAGCAGCGAGAAGAGACAGAAGGCGAGCGGUUGUCCACGAUACAGAGUGGUGGAGAAGCAAAACUCGCGGCAGGUCCUUCCUCGCCAUAUCUUACCUCUCCGAACCUUGCUUCACCGAACCUCGCAUCACCAGACCUUGCAUCGGCACGUACAGCAGCGGAACAGCGGCGGGAGGAGCGGAGGAAGCAGCGGUUGAGAUGGAUGCAGAGGAUUCGGGGGAAUCAAGAGAAGGGUCAGCCUCAGUGGCUGGAUGACGAUUUUAACUACACACUGCUCUCGCCUGCUGAUGCUGCUUCUCAGGAGGGGCUGGAUGCGUUGUUUGGGGAGGGGGAGGGGGAGGGGGGGACUGGGGAGAGUUGGAGAGAGCGUGUGGCAAGGGAGAAGAGCGAGUGGAUUGAGGCGAGGCGCAGGCAGAGAGGAGGGUAUGAUGCUGCUGCUGCCGCUGCUGCGAUGGGAGUUGGUGAGGCUGAAGGUCCGGAAGAGUCAGAGGAGGACGAUGCACCCAACAGCUUCGACCAACAGUCCCACUCCUCAUUGCAACAGCAGCAGCAACAGCAGGAGCACAGUAACCAACAGCAGCAGCAGCAGCAGCAGCAGCAGCAGCAGCAGUCCCGAAGUUACCAGCAGCAGCAGCGGCGGGGGGCACCGGAGCCGGUGGUGCGGGUGGUGAGGGUGUACAGGGUGCAGGCGGUGCAGGCUCUGCUGGUGGAGGUGCAGCACCGCGUGGACCUCACCAGCCGCAUGUGGCUCGGUAACAAGGAGCUCGUGGUCCGGUACCGAACCGGAAUCAGGUCUGGCAACGUCUUUCACACGGACCUGAACGGCUUUCAGAUGGUGAGGAGGGAGACACUCGCCCGCAUUCCCCUGCAGGGCAACUUCUACCCCAUGCCCGCCCUCGCCUUCCUUCAAGACCCUUCUGGGCUGCGCUUCUCCGUGCACACACGCCAAGCCAUGGGGGCCGCCAGUCUCAAGGUGGGCUUCUCUCUCUCUCCCUGCUCCACUCCAGGGGCCACCCCUCUCUCUCUCUGCCCGCCGCAACACCCCUCUGGGCUGCGCUUCUCCGUGCACACUCGCCAGGCUAUGGGGGCCGCCAGUCUCAAGUGGCUGGCAGGAAAUGGUGUUGGAUCGAAGGCUCAACCAGGAAAAUGUAACUUAAAUGUCAUCAGCUCACAUGUGUUUUUUCGCCCCCUCUCCCACGCUCCGCUUUUUCUCCCAGAGCGGGUGGCUAGAGAUGGUGUUGGACAGAAGAGCGGCUGGCUAGAGAUGGUGUUGGAUCGAAGGCUGAACCAGGACGAUGGGAGGGGGCUCACCCAGGGAGUGUCAGACAACAGACCCUUGCUCUCCCUGCACUUACCCCCUCCCCUCCUCCCCUCCCCUCUUCCCCUCACCUCCUUCCUCCCCCAGAGCGGGUGGCUAGAGAUGGUGUUGGAUAGGCGGCUGAACCAGGACGAUGGGAGGGGGCUCACACAGGGAGUGUCUGACAACCGCCCACUGCUCUCCCUGCUCCACCUCUCCCUCGAACCCAACACCUCCUCCCGCCCUCACCCCUCCCCCUCCUCCUCCGCUCCUCUCAAGCCCUCCCUCCUCUCCCACCGCGUCUCCUCCCGGCUUAACUACCCGCCCGUUCUUUUCGUCGGGCAGCCCGAAAAUUCCGCCGCUCUGCGCGAACUGGUGGCGCAGGGCGGCUCGGGCAGGGAAAACGCGGGUGGUGGCCAGGCCAGGGAGGGGCAGGAGGGAGGAGUUGGGACUGGGAGGUGGGAGCAGCAGGGGGGCCGGAAGGCAGGUUCGGAAAAGGGCUUGGGGAGAACCGCAGGAGGAGGUUCGGGGGUUGGUUCGGUGGAGGACGGGGCGAAGGUGGGGGGGUGGGAGUGGGGGUAUGCGCCCCUGUUGCGGCCUCUGCCAUGUGACAUGCACAUCGUGUCCUUCAAAGUGCACCGCCCACUGCCCAAUGCUUCUGCCUCUGCCGAGCCUCCGAUUGCCCUGCUGCUGCAUCGGCAAGGCUUUGACCGUAGCUUCGCUCCUCCUACCCAGCUGCGGCAUUCUUGCCGCCCCCCUCAAGCUUCUGGCGUGGUGUCUCUGCAGCAACUGCUAGUUUGCGACUUCGGCGGGGGAUAUGGCGGCGGCGGUGGCUCUAGCUACCGCCCUGGCGGCGGCGGGUACGGCGGCGGCGGCGGAUACGGCGGUGGCGGCGGCGGCGGGUUUCACGGCGGUAACAAGCGCGAUCUCGACGCAAUCACGCUAGCUCCGCAGUCAUUCGACAAUCUCGCGCAUUUCGAGAAAAACUUCUACGUCGAGCACCCAGCGGUGACAGCCAUGUCGGAGGGCGAGGUCGAGGAGUACCGUCGCCGCCGGCAGAUCUCCGUCGAGGGCCGCGGCGUGCCGAAGCCGUGCCGCUCGUUUGAAGAGGCCUCGUUUCCCGACUACGUGCUCGUGGAGGUGCAACGCGCGGGAUUCACGGAGCCCACGCCGAUUCAGGCGCAGGGCUGGCCCAUGGCGCUCAAGGGGAGGGAUCUGAUCGGGCUUGCUGAGACGGGGUCUGGGAAGACCUUGGCUUACCUUCUUCCUGCUAUUGUUCACGUCAACGCUCAGCCUUACCUCGCACCUGGAGAUGGCCCCAUCGUGCUCGUAAUCGCGCCCACGCGAGAGCUGGCGGUGCAGAUUCAGGAGGAGUGCACCAAGUUCGGCGCGUCCUCUAAGAUCAAGAGCACCUGCGUCUACGGCGGCGCUCCCAAGGGCCCGCAAAUACGGGAUCUCAAUCAAGGCGUGGAGAUCGUGAUUGCGACGCCUGGGCGACUGAUCGACAUGCUGGAGUCGCGGGUUACCAACCUUCGCCGGGUGACGUACCUCGUGUUGGACGAGGCGGAUCGCAUGCUCGACAUGGGCUUCGAACCCCAAAUCAGAAAAAUCGUCUCGCAGAUUCGCCCCGAUCGCCAGACGCUCUAUUGGAGUGCCACGUGGCCCAGGGAGGUGGAGACGCUCGCAAGGCAGUUCCUGGUUGACGCAUACAAGGUUGUGAUUGGUUCCACGGAGCUGAAGGCGAACCACUCAAUCACGCAGGUGGUGGAGAUCAUGAGUGACCACGAGAAAUACCCCCGGCUGCUCAAGCUGCUGGAACAAGUGAUGGACGGCAGCAAGAUUCUGGUCUUCAUGGACACGAAGCGCGUGUGCGACCAGGUGACCCGCCAGCUGCGCAUGGAUGGCUAUCCCGCGCUCUCCAUCCACGGGGACAAGAGCCAGGCGGAGCGCGACUGGGUGCUCUCGGAGUUCAAGACCGGCAAGAACCCCAUCAUGAUCGCCACCGACGUUGCUGCCAGAGGGCUAGACGUGAAGGACAUCAAGUGUGUGAUAAACUACGACUUCCCCUCCACCUGCGAGGACUACGUGCAUCGCAUCGGGCGCACGGGCAGGGCGGGGGCGACGGGGUUCUCCUUCUCGUUCUUCACGGCGGGCAAUGCCAGGCUGGCCAAAGAUCUCAUCAAGAUCCUCACGGAGGCCAAUCAAGUCGUGCCACCUGCCCUCGCUGCUCUGGGGAUGAGCGCCGGCAGCAUGCGGGGCGGAGGAGGCUUCAGGGACAGGGGGCAUGGAGGGCACAGGGGAGCCAUGCAGUCAGGCUCCAAUGUUAUUCCCCUUGGCACCAUGCGCUCCUGGGGACCUAGAUAG